AUGGGUGCUAUGAUGGGUGGCACUGUCGGAGCCGUUAUGGGCUUCGUCUUUGGCUCUGUGAACAUUAUGCGCUACGGCGCCGGCCCCAACGGUAUCAUGAGGACAUUGGGACAGUACAUGCUCGGUUCGGGAGCUACUUUUGGGUACGUCAACCCUUCUGCACCCCCACGUACGAAGCUAAUAGUUUUCAGAUUCUUCAUGUCCAUCGGCAGUGUCAUUCGAUCUGAUGCCUCUCCCAUCGCCGAAGCCACUUUCCGUAACAUGCAACGAAGACCGAUCCUCAUUUACGGCCCUGGAUCUGAGUACUCCAAGCGCCAGCAAUAA